CAACACAAAGUCACAAACACAUGCCAACUAGUUGACAAACACUGUCCAUUGGCAUCGAGACACAACUAUAUAAACGUAGCGUUUUACGGGCUGUUUGCAUUAGUUUACAGAAUCGAAGCCAAAACAGCUGCGAUUUGGGAGUCGCAAUUCAACUAGUAAUCCACGUCUCUAUCCUUCGCGGAAAUAUUUGCGUUGCUUCAAAACUGUAGGAGUAGAUGCCUUUGUCGUAGUGCCCACCACCCGUUUGAUAAAUUGCCUCCGAGAGGAGCAUGUAAUUUGAGCCUCCUUUCUUUCUUGUUUCAAACAGAGACAAGAUCCAGCUAAAUUCCCAUAUUACUUUUCCAAUGUUGCGGAAUUUCGUUGUAUCGUCUGCUGUUAGAAGUGCUAAAUCCAUUGCAAGAAGUAUUACGUGCUAUCAGUUUUCAGUUGAUGACGACCGAUUUCGCUAUCCUCGUCAUGUCAUUACGUUGUCACUCAUAUUCAGUCGCUGCCAUUGUAAUUACGACACACCCACAUCACAUAUCCCCUUGCCACCUUUUGCAUUUGGUCGAAGUCCGAAUUUAACAACAAGGUUGACACUGCCAUAUAAAGCAUGCCUACUUUUCUUGUGCCCUUCACCUUUCGCUGCCCGGGUGAGUGGAUAUUCAUAUUGUUCGGAAACUGUUGCAGUGGAUUUAUGCGUUACAAACGAUGUCGAUAAGCUGUACAGAGCUAUAACCGAUUCGUCUUCUGAUCCGAAUCCUCAUAACUCCAUGGAGAGAGGUCUUGACCAAGUUGGCGUGCAACUGACGACUCCAUUGUUUGUUGAGGUCCUCCAAAAGCUUUGUUUUGAAGAAAAAUUGGCCUUUAGGUUCUUUAGUUGGGCAGCACGCCAAGAAAAUUACUCUCAUGAACCUCAGGCAUACAACGAGAUGAUUGACAUUCUUUCUAGUACGAAAUAUAAGGUCAAGCAGUUUCGGAUAAUUUGCGACCUUCUGGAUUACAUGAAGAGAAAGGAGAAAAAUAGUGUUCCUGUUGAGGUAAUAGUUAACAUUUUGAGACAGUACACGGAAAAACACUUGACUCAUCUUGAGAAAUUUGCCAAGAAGAAGAAGAUAAGGGUGAACACAGCCACAGAGGUCCAUGCCCUCAAUUUACUUUUGGAUGCUCUGUGCAAGUGCAGUCUUGUUGAAGAUGCUGAAGCCAUGUUUUCAAAGAUCAAGAACAAGGUUAAACCUAAUAGCCAUACAUUCAAUAUCUUGUUUUUUGGAUGGUGUAGGGUUAGGAACCCCAGUAAAGGCAUGAGCAUUCUCGAAGAGAUGAUCAAAAUGGGUCAUACGCCUGACAAUUUCACUUACAACACUGCCAUUGAUACUUUCUGCAAAGCGGGUAUGGUGAAAGAGGCUUCAGAACUGCUGGAGUUUAUGAAGACGAAAGGUUCGACAAUGUCUUCUCCCACUGCAAAAACUUACGCUAUCAUGAUUGUGGCACUUGUCCAGAAUGAUAAGAUGGAGGAAUGCUUUAAGCUUCUGGAGGAUAUGAUCAACAGUGGAUGCCUUCCCGAUGUAUCAACUUACAAGGAACUUAUUGAAGGCAUGUGUUUGGCCGGAAAGGUUGAGGCAGCUUACAAAUUACUGGAAGAGAUGGGAAACAAGGGUUACCCUCCUGAUGUGGUCACCUACAACUGUUUCCUCAAGGUUCUUUGUGACCAAAAAAAUAGUGACGAGGCGCUUAGGCUUUUCAGUAAAAUGAUUGAGGUGGAUUGCACGCCUAGCGUACAUACGUUUAAUAUGCUAAUUACGAUGUUUUUCGAGAUGGGUGAUCCAGAUGGGGCCUUUGAGACAUGGCAUGAGAUGGAUAAGAGAGGAUGCAAACGGAAUACUGAUACUUACUGUUUGAUGGUUGAUGGGCUUUUUGAUUGCAACAAGAUGGAGGCUGCCAGUUUUCUUUUGGAAGAAAUUGUAAAUAGGGGGAUGAAACUACCGUAUCAGAAGUUUGACUCAUUCUUGAAGCAGCUUUCAGGGAUUGGUGAUCUCCAAGCUAUCCAUAGACUCUCAGAGCAUAUGAGGAAAUACUACAAUCCAGCUAUGGCACGGCGUUUUGCAUUGACUCAGAAGCGGAAGAGCGCAAGCUUAAGAGGGAAGUAAAGAUAUUUGGUGGGAACGGAAAAGUUAGUUGACCUCUCUUGUUCUUUGAAGGAUGAAUCUGAGUGUUGACGGAAAUGGAACAUUAUUUCCACCAUAACUGAUAAAGAGGUUAUUAUCCAACGCUGCAUGGAUAGCAUAAUGACAUUGGAAAUAAACGCUUACCAAACUGUCUUUUGGUUGAAAAAAAAUCUAUUGAACCAACCAAGCAAGACUGGUGACGUUGUAUGAUGUCUGAAUCUUCAAGCUCCUCAAUUAUGUAUCCCUCUCAAGUCUCAAGUCAAGCAGCUUUAAUGGAAAUCGGGUACUGAAUCGUCUCGGAUGCUCAUUAUUUCCUUUUCUAGCAGAGCAUGAGGAAAUACUACAAUCCAGCUAUGGCACGGCGUUUUGCAUUGACUCAGAAGCGGAAGAGCGCAAGCUUAAGAGGGAAGUAAAGAUAUUUGGUGGGAACGGAAAAGCUAGUUGACCUCUCUUGUUCUUUGAGGGAUGAAUCUGAGUGUUGACAGAAAUGGAACAUUAUUUCCACCACAACUGAUAAAGAGGUUAUUAUCCAACGCUGCAUGGAUAGCAUAAUGACAUUGGAAAUAAACGCUUACCAAACUGUCUUUUGGUUGAAAAAAAAUCUAUUGAACCAACCAAGCAAGACUGGUGACGUUGUGUGAUGUCUGAAUCUUCAAGCUCCUCAAUUAUGUAUCCCUCUCCAGUCUCAAGUCAAGCAGCUUUAAUGGAAAUCGGGUACUGAAUCGUCUCGGAUGCUCAUUAUUUCCUUUUCUAGCAUCCCCUCGGGUGCUGAAAUAUAAGAAAGUUGAAGAAGAUAAUUCAGAUUUGAAUCCCAUGUUUUAUGUUGACUUACCAACUCAGUUCAAUUGACGAUUCACAGAGCUUUGUCUACGUGGGUUGCUCACAUACGAAGAGUGCAGUGAUGUAAUAUCUAUUCUGAGUGAUAUUAGAGGUCUUCUCAAUUGGUCCGCAUUUGGACACACUUGAUCGGGAUUAUUUGAUCGAAGAGUUAGAUCUUCGUCGUUGUAAUUUAGAUCCUUUGAAUGUGUUCGACAAAAUCAGAGCUGAUUUGCAAAGCGCCUCUUACAGAAACCCAUCACUCUUGGGUAUGUUUUUUUCAACAGAAUUCACGAAGUCAGAUUUCUUCAUUGCUAGCUUUUGAUUGGCAUUUGAUUUCGAAAUCGGAUGGUCCAUUGUUUCUUGUUUUGAGCGCUUUGUUUCAAGUGCAUCAAACUUUUGUUUCUUGUCAUAUAUAUUUAUUUAACAUCAAGGGAGUUGCUGUUCUUGUAAGUGGGGCAUGGUUUGACCAUAGUCCCGAAGUUUGCUUUUGUGAAAUCAGAUGCUUAUGAUGUCUGGAAAUUAUGUUGCA